AUCCCGAUGGCGGCGCUGCAGUGAACAAUGUAAUCGGCGGACCGCCCGGCAGCACACCGCCACCGUACACGGCCGAUGGUAAAAUGACGAACGACCGCCAAGGUGGCGGUGGCGGCGGAGGCGGCAGCGGCAAUGUGGGGGCUGGCGGUGUUAUGCUCUCCGAGUUGCCAGAACCACCGAUACCAGUGUCCGAGAUUGGUCCAAUCCCACCGCCGCCCAUGUUCUCAACACCGAGUCCAACAUUGAUAGCUGGGCGCGCUCAUGGGCCGGGUGCGAUGAAUGAUCAAGGUUAUCAGGAUUAUGAUUAUGACGAUCAAGAGCCUGACGACGACCAGCUAGACUCGGAUGAGGAGUAUAUGUUCCAGUUGCGGCAGCAACAACAAUCAUUACAUCCCAAUCAUGUCGAUACACAGCGCGUUGAGGAAAUUCCAGCCAAAGAGCCAAAACCAAAUGCAGUUCCUCUCAAGUCGGCGCUGAAGAAGAAGCCCGGCCAAACGUCCACCUCAUCGCCGGCCACGCCCACACAGGACCACAGCAAUGCCAAUGGCAAUGUGCAGCAAGGUGGUGGCGGCGGCGGUCCAGCAACAUCGGCCAGUCAGCGCCCGCUGGUGGUGCGUCAAGACGCAACAAACAGUUAUUCGCUCAACAGGCAGCAGGUGUUCAACAUCAAUCUGCCGUGCACCGUCGAGAACAAGGAGAACACUCGGCCGUUUGUGAUACGCGAGAGCAGCAGCGACAGCGACGAGGGCGACGGUCGCAUACUCUAUCGCGACGACGACAAUGACCGGCAGGCGAAGAUUGCGCGCAAGGAGUCGCUGUCGCUGAAGCUGCAGCUGCGGCCCGACAAGCAGGAUCUGAUCAACCGCAACAUUCUGCACCAGGUGACCGACAAUGAGAUCAAGGAGUCGAAGGAGGCCAUUGGCGCACGUCUCAUACGCCGACUGUCGAUGCGUCCCACAGCCGAGGAGUUGGUGGAGCGCAAUAUCUUAAAGACACAAUCACCCGCCGAAGAGAAGAAGCAAAAGGAGGAGAAGAAAUCGUAUUUGCUGCGAAAAUUGAGUUUCCGACCCACCGUCGAGGAGCUGAAGGAGAAGAAAAUCAUCCGUUUCAACGAUUAUAUUGAGGUGACACAGGCGCACGACUACGAUCGGCGUGCGGACAAGCCAUGGACAAGACUGACGCCGAAGGAUAAGGCUGCCAUACGCAAGGAAUUGAAUGAGUUCAAAUCGUCGGAGAUGGCGGUGCACGAGGGUAGUCGGCACUUGACGAGGUAA